AUGACAAGAGAACAAACCCCACGCACUCUCUCACCUCGCUACCGAAUCCGCAAACUCACGCUCGCCGAUCUAUCCGCGGUAAAAGCUCUUCUUGUACAAAGCAAGACAUCUCCAUCCUCAUUCUGCCCAACUGUAGACUCUGGAAACCAGACAAUCAUUGCAUAUCAACAAUACCAUGCAGUUGAUUAUCUAGUCCGCCACGCAAUAAAGUCAAAUAUGUCCUUCGGCGUUUUCGAUACUGAAUACAAAUAUCGCUAUUCCUCGUCAAUCAAAACAGGCGGAAAGCUACACUGGGACGAGAACGAUAUCAGAGCAUCAUCGAAACAGCUUCUCCACCAAAUCGACUUUCCUCUUGUCUCUAUUGCAUUAAGCCAUGAUGCAGCAAAUCCACCUGAUGAGGACAAAGUGCAGUGGUAUCUUGACAUCCGACCUGGCUAUAAGCAAGCAUGUGCACACCUUGAAUCACUCAUUCCGGCCUCGGCUAGGGAUGGGUAUAGAUAUGCACUAUUGGGCAAAGUCUUGAUGAGAAAGGGGUCUGUGACGAGGGGCGAUUAUGAGGGAAGGGGCAUUAUGAAAGGUCUGGCGCUUUGGCUGGUCUGGGAGUCGAAACGGUGUGGGUAUGAGGUUAUUGAGAUUCCGGUUUCAAGCGCGGCUGUGCGUAGGGUUUGGGAGAAUCUGCCACCGCCGUGUAAAGUAGAUGUUAUGGCGGAGUAUGUGAUUGAAGAUUUGGAGGUUUGCGAUGAACGCGGGAAGAUGGAGAGGCCAUUUGAGGGAAUUCAAACGGAAAUAUGUCAGCUGAGAAUCAAUUUAUGA